GGCGUGGCUAUGUUGAUGGCGCCGGACGUCUCCCCGGGCUGCCGGAAGAGCUUGCGCGAGCCGGUGAUGGGCAGGCGCGUGCGGCAGUCCUGGGGUCUGCAGCAGUGCUUCGCUGGCGCUGAGUUUCUUUCAAGUCUUCCGCUGUUGUAAAGCCAGGCGGAUGGGCUUGUCCUAUGGAUGCGGGCUUGCACUUCCUCCUAGUCCCGUGUCUUGUUGCUGACCGAAGAGCAUGUGCCAUGGGGAACUGCUGGACUCAGUGCGUUCUGUUGUUUAGGAAAGAGGCCAACAGGAUCCAGCGAGGUGGAGGAUCAAAGUAUUUUAAAACAAGUUCUAUUGGGGAACAUUUCACUAUAGAGUUUGAGAAUUUGGUGGAGAGUGAUGAGGCUGAAAGCCCAGGAUUCAACCAGAGACCAAUUAAUGAAGAUGAAGUCCAAAUCCUUCACAAUAGACAGUAUGAUGCUAUUGCUCAGAAGCAAGUGGCGGUGGACAAACAGCUCCAGACUGAGUUAGCUGCACAAGAGGAGCAGUUAAAGAUAGAAGAAGAAGCAUUUUAUGCUGCACAACGUGAAGCAGCCAGGGCAGCAAAGCAGAAAAAGUUAUUGGAGCAACAAAGGUUGCAAAAAAUGAAACAGAGGGCCAAGUCUGCUGCAGACCCUGAUCAACAAAGUGGGGCAGGGGAAGAAGACCUUGAAUCAUAUCUACAACAUGCAAAAUCUCAAUCUGAAGCUUUCAGGAACCAACACAGAAUCUCCUCAGAACCAACUAUUCUGACACCAAACACUGAAAGCAGCUGUGACUUGACUACUAAAACCAAAUCAACAAAUGACGACAGUACUUCGCUGGACCUCGAGUGGGAGGAUGAAGAAGGAAUUAAUAGAAUGAUUCCAAUGAGAGAACGCUCAAGAACAGAAGAAGACAUACUCCAAGCAGCCUUAAGGCACAGCAGCCAUAGACCUGGGAGCAACCCCCUGUCUGCAUCAGAUGAAUCAACUGGACUUGAAUGGGAAAAUGAUUUUGUCAGUGCUGAAUUGGAUGACAACGGGAAUUCUGAAUAUGCAGGUUUUGUGAACCCAGUUCUAGAACUCUCUCCGAAUGAAGUGAAAAAUACAGACGGUGAUCAGCAGAGUAGGUAGUGAUCUUGCCGGAUCAUGUGGAUUGGUUGAGACCAACUUUUUAGGACCUUGCAAGAAUGUAUUUCAACUCUAGUGGGACUUUUUAACCUUUGAGUGAUGGCCUGACUCUACACAGACUGCAGAAGAACGUGACUGCUUUGUAUCGUGCUAGCACAUACAAUUUAUAAUUAAGUGCAAUUCUUGUAAACUUCCAGCUUAUGAAUGAUUUUUUAAGCCAUUGGGUGUUGAUUAAAAAGGCUGUGUUGUAAAGGGAAAAUAUGUUGUGAAGUUUAAUUGAUGAAACUUUCUAGCUACAAGAUGCAUGUUCGUAGGUAUUCAUUUUUAUGAGCCACUGCUGUCCUGGUUGUAUAAGGAGUAACAAAUAUUGGAUACACUGGAUUAUUAAACUGGUUUAUUGAUCACGUUUGAUCAUUACUGUUAAAUUGAUAUGUAAAUAUCAUGAAGCCUUAUGGGAUUGAUUUUUUCUUUACAUACCAAAAGAACCUUAGGUUUGUUUUAAAUUAUACUAUCAUCUCUAUUGAGUUAUUCUUGAGUGUGAACUCAUAUUUCUCCAAUAUAUGUUUACUUUUUUUCAAACAAAAAUAUUACAAUAUUUCAGGUCAAGUAAAAUUAGCUUGGUUCAGUGAUCUAUGAAUAUGCCAAUUCCUGUAUCUCUUGUCACCACCUGUUCCUGCUAUUUCCUCUUCAGUAACAGAUAUAGCAGUUUGUGCCAUCAUGUGACUGGGGCCCUGACAGGCCUUAGCUGAAAUAAAGCUUUCCUUUAAAAUGGAGUGCAUUCGACUUCAGAUGCAUGUAGGCUGCGAUUCCAGUUUGAUUCUCCUAGUGGACAGUGAUUCACGGUAUAACGGGUUAAUUUAUUGCUCUGUUCCCUGUCUAACAUGCCUUCAGGUUUCUCUCGUUACAUAUAAUUAUUUUUGUGCUGACUAGGGAUCGUUUGUGAAAUUAGUUUGGAGAAUAUUAGAAUGUAAGGAAUAGCAGUAGUAAGUGAUUUGGCAGUUCAAACAUGCUGCACCAAUAAAUCUGAUCAGGUUGUGAUUUGGUAUCUGUACUAAGAGUUCAAUAUUUCAUUCUCCAGUACUGUCAUACGACUUUAAGCAUAAAAAUUUAAUCAAAAAAUUGCUUCCAAUUCUGCUGUUUGUUUUUAACAAGAUUAAAAACUUAAAAUUAUGUAGUUUUGUCAGGAAAUGAAGUUGUAAGCUAAAAUCAGCAACUACAAACUGAAGUUCUUUCUUCAUUCUCUAAAAUAUUUUCAACCAGUUGAUUUUAUUUGUUUAGGCAGUCUGAUAGGCAUUUUAUCUUCCAAAACCCAAUACCAGACAAUUUGUGACAGCUGUACUAACAGGAUACAUGCAUUAUUGUGAUUUAUAUUUCUCACAUGGCUCACAUGCCCAUAAGCUUGAUGGAGACCAAGCUGGUGGAUAAGCAAACUGUGGAUCUGGAAUUAAUACUGUAAUUUUCUGAAUUUUUCCCUAUAAAAUUAUUUUUAAAAAUCAGGUGUGUAUUACACAUGGUAACAAAUCAAAAUGGUAUUUAUGCAGCGAGUCAUGAACACCUUUUUCAGGCGGGUUGUGAGUGAUAAUGCAUACUUAGCACUGAAAUGCAACAUUUCCAUUAUUUCUUUUAAAUCCAGUCACCACCUAAGGCAUAAAUGAGAAUCAUCCGUUGUUUCUAUUAAUUUUCGAAGUUAUAAACUUAAUUUUUUUGAAAGAAAUGAUCAAUCUUGAGAUUUGAUCUACCUGGUGAAUAUAUUCUAAAAAUUGCUGCUUGAGCUGAGCCCGACUUCCACAUCUAGGGGCCUUGGCUUGCUUGCCUUGGGACCUUACGCUUUGGCAAACUCAAGGCACAAGCUAACAUUUGCUUCAUUGACAUUGGAUUUCUGUGCUGCCGGUUACCAUGGUUUUCAGCAACGUCUGUCACCAAAAGUUUGAAGGCUGCCAUGUAGCUUGCUCUUUUCUCUGCUGUGUUAAUGAUUAAAAUUUUUACUUCAAAGCAUUAGUAUGAAGAACACUGCCUUGUUCUGAGGAACUUGUCUCCGUGUCACAUGCUACAUUCAAUCAAUUGACAAUAUUGUCAGCUCGUUCAGUCGACUUGGGUGGGAGCCAGCCAGGCAUCUGUUCAUAAUUAGGAUGGGAACGGACCCUUCUGCUGAGUUGAGUUUUCUCACUAUUUUCAUCAAUAAAUGGUCACUUUGACCGCUGUAUUGCAAAAGUCGAGAUGUAUUAUAUAUGUUGAUAAAGCAAAUUUGAUUUUGAAAA